AUGGCCAAAAAUCUUCAAUAUCCAGAUAUUGUAAAGGAAGCCUGGAAGCAUAUGAUGCUCCAAAUAAUCCAAAGUCCUUCCCUUCCUCUCUUCACUUCUCUGGUGCUCCUUGUUGUCCUUGCUAUAUACUGGAAGAGAUUUAGAAGCCAUACUUGUCCAAUUGAUCUUAGGUUGCCUCCAGGGCCAUGGAAGCUACAUCUGAUUGGAAACUUGCACCAGUUGGCUGGCUCUUUACAACAUCAUUGCCUGACAGACUUGGCCAAGAAGCCGCUUUCUCUGAACGGCCGGCCAGCGCUUAUCGCUGCUGAAAUCUUUUCCUACAAUUGUGCAGGUCUCAUCUUUGUUCCUGAUAAUGAUCACUGGAGAGAAAUGAGAAAGCUCCUCCGUUAUGUCACUGGUUUGAAGCCUGCCUCGGAGAAAAUACACCGAAAGAUGGACAGGAUUCUAGAGGAAGUUAUCAAUGACCAUAGAAAGAAAAGAAAGGCCGCCUUUGCAUUAUUAACCAACAAAAAUAACAAAGAAUCAUGCCAUCAGGAAGAAGUAGAAGAUCUAGUUGAGGACUUGUAUUUUGCUGGAAGUGAGACUGCAGCGGCUACCACAGAAUGGGCAAUGUCAGAACUUGUGAGAAAUCCUAGAGCAAUGGAGAAAGCACAGGCAGAGGUACGCCAAGUUGUUGCAGGAUUGGGAAAUGAGAAAAAACUCGAAGAUGCAGACAUGAAGAAGCUAGACUACUUGAAGAUGGUGAUAAAAGAAACUCUAUGA